AUGAAAAGAAAUUUCUUCUUGUCAUUGGCAAUGAUGAUGAUUGCCAUUCUUCUUUUUGCUGUUGGAUGUGUUUGGUCUCAAAGUGUUAUUAAGAACCCUCUUUCAGCUGGAAGUGAAAAUCCAGCCUAUUUUGAUGGUCAACCAGUGAAUGAUGAACCACCAAUUGAUUUUAAUCCAUGUUUAGGAGUCACUUGUGAAUGUGGAACGGUGCAAGUGGUGAAUGGAAAGUGUAUUUGUCCAACAUGUCCAUCCGAAUGUCCAUCUGGACCUAAAGAUUGUAACGCUGAAUGUGCCAACGCUGGACUUUUAUUGGAAUCCAUCGCAAAGGAUUCUCUUGGAUGUGACCAAUGUAAAUGCAAAUGUAAAACACAAGAUCAAGUGUGUCCACCCAUUGGUUCCUGUCAAUCUGGACUCUAUGAUAUUUCUUAUGGAAUUGUUGGAGGUAUUUCUGGAUGUAUUUCAAAUUGUACAUGUAAGCCACCUUCAAUUCCUUGUGUCAAUGAGACGAAAUGUGAUCAAUGUAAUCCUGUGUUAGGUUAUCACUUGGUUUUGAAUCAAACUACUGGUUGUAAUCAAUGCUCUUGUAAGACUUGUCCUUCUCUUGACUGUUCCAAGAAUUGUUUGUAUGGUUUCACACUAAGUGAUUCUGGACUUGGUGACGGUUGUCAAGUGUGUAAUUGUUCAUGUCCUCCACUUCCAAAGUGUGACGCUAUUUGUCCUUAUGGUUUUACAGUUGGAAAAGAUGUUAAAGGUUGUGACGUGUGUACUUGUACUCCACCUCCUCCUUGUAUCCCAGAUGAGAGAUGUGGAAGAGAAACAUGUCCUUAUGGAGGUGUGAUCAAGCCAGAUCAAUAUGGAUGUCCAAAAUGUACUUGUUUGACUUGUGACAAUGCUCCUCGUACUCCAUGUGAAAAUCCCAACAUUUGUCCUUAUGGUUACACCAAUACGACUAAAGUUCUUCCAAAUGGAGCUGAAUGCCCAAGUUGUGAAUGCAACAGAUGUCCUCCUAUUGAUGAAUCUUGUUCCUCUAAAUGUCCUUUUGGUGGUUCAAAUGUUUUGGAUCCAAAUACUCAAUGCACAGUCUGUAAGUGCAAUCCAUGCAAUCCUUCUCCUCCAGAUUGUCAAAUGGUUUGUGGUAACAAAUUGAAUCACACCUAUGAUCAAACAUCAGAAGGUUGUCCUGUUUGUAAAUGUUUGACUUGUCCUCCACUCGAUUGUGAAAGUAUUCAAUGUCCAUUUGGAUAUCAAUAUCAAUUUGAUGACAACACUGGAUGUCGAAAGUGUGUGUGUAAUCAACCUCCUACUUGUCCACCAACUCCACCCUCUUGUGACGAUCUCAAUUGUCCAAAUGGUUAUUUCUAUGUGAAAGACACAAAGGGUUGUCCACAAUGUAAAUGCAAUGACACUGUCAAAUGUCCAACACCUGAACCAGAUUGCAUGACUCUUUGUACUCAUGGAGUUGCUGAAGUAUCAUACGAUGCUAACAAGUGUAAACAAUGCAAAUGCUUGGACAUCAAGUGCCCACCAGUGAAAUGUUCAGAUGUUUGUGGAAGUUUGGGUGUUAAGGAACAAUCUGUGGAUGCCAAUGGUUGUGUGAAAUGUACCUGUCAAUCUCCUCCACAAUGCACCGAUGAUGACUGUAAGGUGACUUGUGGUGACAUGUCUUAUGUGACCUUUAAAGACAAUUACAAUUGUACCAAAUGCAAAUGUAUCAAACCACCAUGCUCCUCCGUUGUGGACUGUCACUCUAUUUGUGGUACUGAUGGAUUUGAAAUUGUCAAAGAUCCUAAUGGAUGUGAUCAAUGCAAGUGUAAGAGCAAGCCAGUGAUUGAAUGUCCACCAAUGCCAGAUUGUAAUGAACGAUGCGGUGGUGCUCAAUACUUUGAAAAGGUUGCUGUCGACAAGAAUGGGUGUUCUUAUUGUCAAUGUAAGAAUUGCAUCUUUUGUAAAUGCUGUAAAUCGAAGAAGAUUACUGUUCCUGUGGUCAAACACGUUCCACAAAGAAUCUAUGUUCCAUAUACUGUAUGGUAUGACCCAUGUUGUAAGUCCAAUGUUCACACGAGUGAAGAAAUUAAGGAAAUUAUUGAAAAGAGAUACAAUUAUAUUUUGGUUGUGAGAAAGAAGAUUACCAUUUAUAGAAGAAUUUUGGUUCAACUUCGAGUCAUUCUCAAGCAAUUACUAGUCAAGAAUAAGAUUUCACCUGACAUGUUCAAGAAGGCCGACGAAAUGGCAAGAAAACGAAAGAAACGUUUGGAAGAACAAAUUCAAGACGAAAAUAUUUGUCUCGUGGCUCUCGAUCACAACAUUAAGGCCGUUCUCAAACUCAUCCGACAACUUGGUUUUGAUACUCAUGCUCCUGCUGUUUGUGUCUACAUUUCUGGCUAUAAGAGAUGUGGAUUGAGACCAUCCUUUGUUUCUGAAGUUUCAUCCUCUUAUUUGAAGGAUGGUGUGUUCACAAAGGUGAUUUACACCAAGAUUCCAACCAGUGUCUCAGAUGUGAAGAAGGAUCUUGCUACGAGUACUGUUAAAUUCACAAGAAGAGCGACCACAUGGAAGAUUCAAGUCAUUAAGCUUCAUAGAAGAGUGAGAGCUGCAGUUUGGAAGUCAGUGAUUAAACAACUUGCUCAAAGCAAUAAGAAGGUGAGCAAGAUCAUUCGAAAGGUCUUGAAGAUUAUGAAGAAGGAUAAGAAUAACUUUGACAAGGUUGUGCGUAUUCUCAAGAAUAAGAAGGAGAAGAGAGCUCUCAUUAGAAAGAUUCUCAUGCGUAAAUUCAAGAGUCAAGUGGUGGAUACUGCUCGUGCUGCUCUCGCUUCUGCUGAAAUCAAACAACUCAAUGAACAAUUCAAACCAUCCUCCACUGAAAGAGUCGUUGCCACAAGAGUGACUCACGAGAUUUUGUACUUGCCAAAGGAUAUUUUGAGUGCUAACGAUGAAGUCAUCAAAUCCUUGCUCUCUCAAAAGUGUGUCUUUACUCCAGAUGCAGAGAAGAAUGAUUAA